GUUGAUCUUGAACUAGUCCUGCGUAACGACUUGAUUUUCACGAAUAGCGAAAUUCAGAUUAUUUCUUACCGAUGUGCAGCCAGUCGCGAAAGGUUUACACUCUUUAUUUGUAUUCUGGCGGAAAUACAUAAUCUUUUGUUGGCCCAUUCUUAUUGCACAUAUCGUGAACUUUUCUACAGGAAUUCUGAAUUAGCUGAUAGUCAAUCGAAGAUUCAACGAGCGGUGAAUGAUUUGUGUUACGUACUUAACACAACGUUUUGGAAUUUGGGUGUGUUUGCCAGCAGUAAAGGACUAAUGGCAGGUUCUCUUCUUAUUUAUAUGAGUAAUGGCGAUGUUAUUAACUACAAAGCACCCUCCUUUGUGCCAACAAAUUUUACCUAUAUUGAUCGCCUUCAAACUACAGCGUCUUAUAUACUGUUAGUGGAAAAAGAUACAGUAUUUGAAAAAAUGCUAUCAACACGAAUUUUUUCACUAAUACACGAAAAUAUCAUAUUAGUAACCGGUCGUGGUUAUCCCGAUAUUGCAAGCCGAUGGAUAUUGCAACGUCUGCAUACGGAACAUAGAUUAGCCAUCUAUAUGUUAGCUGAUGCUGAUCCAUGCGGCAUUGAAAUCAUGCUUAUCUAUCGUCACGGUUCUCUGACGCAAGCUGCAAAUGCGCUGCAAUUAACCUGCCCUCAUUUAAAAUGGCUGGGCAUUCAUCCAUCAGAUCUUAAACAUUUACGAAUACCUACCGAACCUUUAGUAUUAAACGAUUGCAGGAAAAUUGAGUUUCUCUUACGUAGAGAAUAUGUAGACAAUGGCGUUCGUCAGGAAUUGAAUAUUCUUAAAUACUUUUGUCGUAAGGCAAAACUAGAUAACAUGUCUAUUAACAAAUUUCAAAUGUUCGUGUGCGACUACAUCAUUAAUAAAAUCAAAAGGCAGAUUGUAAUAUAAUUAGGAGUAAAAGAAUUAAGCUACUAAAACUAAGCGAUUUUAAGUAUGCUUACAGUGAAUAAAUAGCAAAACAAUAACUUAUUUAUAGCUUUCAUGUUGAUAUGAAGUGUCCUUCCAUGUUCCCUUUCCAUUUGUUUAUUUCAUUGCUACAUUUUACAUUUUACGUCUUUUAUGGUGCCCUAAACACCGCAAUGGAGUAGUUUAUUCUCAUUUCGGCGCAAACUUUAUUGAUGUUUCACUUCAUAUAUAUGUAAGUCUAUGUACUCAUCGCCACUUUU